AGCAUACCACCAUGGGCCUCUGCAUAUCCGUGUCUCUCUGGAAGGAGAAGCUCUACGGCGCCGACGGCAGCAGCCGGUCAGUGCAGUGUCGCGUCGUCCAUGAGGUUGCCGGCGUGGAGAGUGGUGACUGCGAGUGCGGGAACUUGGGAAGCGACGCCGACGCGCUGGGGGUAGAGCACAAGGCGGCGGCGGCGGCGGCUCCGGCGGCCAUGGGCGUGAAAAGCGGUGGAGUGGAGGGAGCUGCCGCUGCCGUGUCGGGUGGCACUCCUGUGCGGCCGAUAUGGCAGAGGAGGGUGCUGAUGGGCGUCAAGUGCCAGCUGCCGCGGUUCAGCGGGAUGGUACUCUACGACGAGAGCGGCCGGCCGGUGUGCACUGGCGUCCGGGACAGAGCUCGUGACCAGGAGAAACAUGCUGCAGCGAUUUCAGUGCUGAAGGACCUGCUUUAGUCUUCGUCAUCAGAAGCAGGCGGUGGCAAUUCUGUUGAUGGAAUGAAUGUUUGGCUAAUCUACAUGUACACGCCUUUGUUAAUGGGCUGCACGUUUUUGGUGAACUAUCAUUUGUAUCUCGUGCUCUGGGCGCCAGCUUUUUCUCUUCCAUACUAAAUUAUACUCCCUCCGUUUAAAA